AUGGCAAGCAGAUUAACUACACAAAAUAAGAGUAAUAAUAGUCGAUCAUUGGCUCCCUCUUUCAAUAAUUAUACACAAGGAGUGUUGAAUUCAAUAAAAUCAGUUAGUGAUUCAAACACUAAACCAGUCAAGAGUAAUCGUUAUAAGGACUAUAGUGAAUUAUCAGAGAGGUCUGGUAAUAAAAGUAAAGUUUUAAAUUUAAUAACAACCUCAGUAAAUGUAAUAGCAUCACCAAAAAAACAUAACGAAGUUCUUGAAGAAUUAAAGAAAGAUGGUAGUAUAGCUGCAUCAGAAGAAUUCAGAAAGGGAUAUAAGGAGAUAUAUGAAGAGAUACCUGGAGCAACCACACAUGCUGUUGCGUUGUCAUAUGUUAUUUCAUCACUUCAGAGUGGCCAAUAUACAGAUAGAGAUGGAUAUGAAAAAACAAGAUUGUUAUCAAGUUUAGUUCCUUUUUACACUUCUAAGGAAAUCAGAGAGUUUGGAAUCACAAUAGAUAAUAAUGCGUGGAAUCGUGCAAUUCAACACGUACAUAAGUAUGGUGCAGGUAGACUGAUUAAUGCAGAAGAGAUCAGCAAUUGGAGAUCUAAAUUUACACACAAUGGACAAAUGACAAGAAGACAAAGAACCACGAUGCUAAGGACAGCCGUCGAAGGUUACUUCAAUAUGAAAGAUAUAACUGAAGAAUCAAGUAAAAACAUGAGGUUGUACAGCAAAGAACUCGACGCAGAUGGUAAACGAGCAUUCGAGUUGGUGCCAAUCAAGAACCUUGCUUUAGGAAACAUAAAUACCUGCUUUUCAGAUUACCUCAAGAAGAGUAAAGUUGAUCAAGUCAAGUAUCCACUCAUGGGUAGAAGUGCAUUUUACAGUUUCGUACCAGAGUAUGUCAGAGAAAUGAAGAAUCGAACCGACAUGUGUCCAAUGUGUGUUCAGUAUCAGGCUCUCGAGUCAAAACGAAUUAAGUUUGGGCAACUUUCAGAUCAAGAUCAUAAACUGUUUGAAAUCUUGACUAUUCACAAGAUGUUUGUUCAGCAAAGAAAGAAUGAUUAUUUGACAUGUAAAAACGAGUUAAAGGCAGGAGAGUGUAUUAUUCUCUGUGAUUUUAAAGAGAAUAUAUCAUUAGGUAAAUCCAAAGUGCAAGUAAGCCAUGAAUUUUACCAACAACCUGCUCGUACCUUCUUUGGAAUGGUCCUCUUCUAUAAGCAAGGUGACAAGCUGAAGAUUCACUACUAUGACUGUCUUUCACAAGUACUUAAUCACUGUUCGACAUUUGCAAUUUCAUGUCUCGACAAAUUAAUCAAUGAUCCAUUAUUCACCAGUCUAAAUAUCAACAAAAUUACAUUUUGGUGUGAUAAUGCUAGACACUUCAAGUCAAAUGAAAUACUUUCAUAUAUGCAUACAUUGUCAAAGUUGCAAGUAGCUGAUCCAAACACUCCAAACAAAACCAAAAGAAAUCAAGAUGUUAUCAAUGCAAUCAAGAGUACCACUGACAACAACAACUAUCAAAGAACAUACAAAUUGACCUCUGAAUCAGAGAAGGAAGCUGUUACCAUCAAAGUAACAGUCGAAAUUCAUAACCCAAAGGAAUUGAAACAGAAAGAAAUAAAGAUCUUUCCUGGUUUUACAGAGUAUCAUCGUUUCCAGUUUUUAGAUAAUAGAUCAAUGCGUGCCAAUAAACAUUACAUUAAAUUCAUGGGUGGAAAUGAAGUUGACAAAAUGACUAUCUACAAAUAUUCUGCUAUGAAAAGUCAAGUUGGUAAAGAGACUACAAUUUCCAAAGGCUACGAAUCGACCACCAAGGAGGAGGCACAGUCUUGGAAACCAGCUCGAGAUAAGGCACAUACCACCUAUCUAAACACCAUGAUAGAAAUGAAUGAGAUUGCCAAGAAUGUAGACGAAUCAAAUAAGGAAAAGGCAAAAGAGAUGAGCGAUAUUAUAAAUACUUAUGCCAAUGUAACAUCUAAAUUAGCUCCACAACCCACACCUUCAAGAACACAACAAAUUGUUUCGUCACCUCAGUCACCAUCUCAACCAACACUUUCAAAUUCACAAGCUGCUUCUACUUCAUCUCAAUCUUCACCAAAACCAGCUACCACAACUACACCAGACCAAACACUCUCUGGUACAAACAAAAGAAGAAGAGGCUACAGAGGAACAAAGAAAACAAAACAGACUAAUUCACAAAAUAAUACACAGAAUAAUACACAAGAUAAUAUACAAAAUAGUACACAAAAUAAUAAACAAAUUAAUACACAGAAUAAUACACAGAAUAAUACACAUAAUACACAUAAUAAUACACAUAAUAAUACACAAAAUACCCAAAGUAAACCAUUGUUUGAUAUCGAAUCGAUUGAUUUUGGUGACGAUGAUCAUGAUAUCGGAUCGAGCUUGAUUUAUAGUGGUAAAAGAAAAGAAAGAGAGGAUGAUUGUGACAAUAAUAGUCAACAUAAAAAAAUAAAUAACCAAAUAAAUAACCAAAUAAAUAACAAUAACAAUAAUAAUAAUAACAAUUCAACAAAAAAAAGAAUAAGAGAAGAAGAUAAUAAUCAAGAAUCAAUGGACAAUCAAAAACAUCACAAAUCAACUCAUGUAAAUAGUCAAACACCAAUCCAAUCCCCAUCCCAAACACCAAUUCAAACACCAUCCCAAACACCAAUCCAAACACCAAUUCCAACACAAUCCCAAACACCAAUCCAAACUCCAUCUCAAUCACCAAUCCAAACUCCAACCCAAACACCACUCCAUACUCCUAUUCAACACAACACUACAGUGCAAUCAACGGAACAAUCAAAACCAGCAAAAGAAAUUGUCGUAAUCUUUGAAAUCGAUAACAAUUACAACUCGCAGAUUCAAGAUUAUAGACAACAACAACAAAUCAACUAUUUACAACAACUUUCACAAACACUGCAACAACAAUCUCCACCACAGUCAGAAGCAGCAGCAUCAAACGAUGUAGAAAUGACAUCACAUGAAGAUCCUAUCAUGGAACAAGUUGAGGAAACUGACGAUGCAAUGGAGAUCGAUCGAUUCUGUAUUCCAUAUGAAAAGAUCAAGGACCAGUUGAAUACCGCAGAAGAAGACGAAAACAUGAACAAUGCCGGUGACUUCUUAUCCAAUUGGCCAUCUCUACGAGAACUUAUUAUAAGAAUUCCAUGCCUCACAGCCAUAGCGGACUAUGGACAGCUCUUCUCCACUCUACUCAUUAAGAACCCAUUAUCAAACCUGUGUGUAAAGAAUCUUGCAAUCAAUUCGCCUAUUUUUUUCAUUUGUUGUUAUGGGUUUGAUGAAGCUAUGUAUAUGUUCGGAUGGGAGUCUGGUCUAGUACAUUUCAAAUCAAAUUUAUUUCAACAUUGA